AUGACAGAAGAGGACUUUCCUAUCGGAGCUCCUUUCGAAGUACGUGGAAGGAACACGAGCGCUUGGAGUCUUCUGAUCGAAUGGGAAUUUGACCCAAAUGUACGGCUGGUGCUUGGUGUUCUCCUUGGAUUUCACGUGCAUUAUUUGAAUAUAAACGACAGCCAUGCACUUUGGAAUUUUAAAACAGUUCGUGAUCCCCUGGCCCGCCAAACGACAUUAACAGGCUUAGAGGAGUACAGAGAUUAUAACAUUACUGUUACCGCCUUUACCAGGAUUGGCGAAGGUGCCAAGAGCCCUUUCAUACUCAAAAGAACAGACGAGCACGUUCCCAGGGCUCCUCCAAGUAACAUCGUUGCUAUAAACACAAGCUCGACAAGCCUUCGUGUGGACUGGGGCGAGGUCUCCUUCCCUGAUCAAUUGGGUAUCAUCCGAGGAUACAGGCUAAUUAUGUGGAGAACUAAUCACAGUGCAGUUAUUUUAUGGAACAUAACAAUAUUGGUUCCAACGCGAACUUUCAGCCUCUUAGGAUUAGAGAAGUAUACAAACUACACAAUCCAGGUGUCGGCAUUCACCAUCAAAGGAGAAGGAAUCAAGAGCGAACCGACUAUUGCAAUCACUGACGAGGACGUGCCAACCUGGAGGCCUUCGCAUAUUACCGCAUGGAAUACGAGCUCUACCUCAAUCUUGUUGUCAUGGAAGCCAUUGGCUGACCCCUACUUUCUUCACGGCAUACUCCGUGGUUACCACAUCACUUACGACAGAUUAGAUGGUCUGGAAUCCACUGUGCAAGUACGAGUGUGCAGUUCAACUUUGUCGCUGGAGGUGGAAAGUUUAGACGAGUACGUUGAGUACGAAUUUAGGGUUCUCGCCUAUACAGUGAAGGGAGCAGGUCCUUUUCACCGCAUCAACAGCACUACUGAUCAGGAUGUCCCUGGAGCUCCCCCGCAGCAUGUUUAUGGCUAUAACAUCAGCAAGCACGACAUCCGGGUCUUAUGGGAGGAUGUCCCCUUUCGUGACGUCAAUGGUAUCCUGCUUGGAUAUAUGGUUUUCUUCAAUGAGUCAUCGGACGAAGUCUUUAAUGAAACUGUUCCAUUUCCAAGAAAAAACGUCACUUUGAGCUUCCUAAGACCAUAUACCUUCUACACGAUACAAGUGCUUGCAUUUACCAUAAAAGGAAAUGGGCCAAAGAGCCCACCAAUCACCUUAAGAACAGAAGAAGAAGCACCUCAAGUAUACCCGUGGAAUGUCACCGGGCAAAACACCACCUCCCGCUCUAUCUACCUUCAGUGGUCUGCUAUUCCACCGGAAUUAGUAGCUGGCGUUUUGCGGGAGUACAGAGUUGUCUAUGUCGAACUGAACGAUUUGAAUGAUCCGGUAAAGACGCAUACGCUAAGACUGCCAAUCGACCAGUUGUCUGUAAACCUGACAAAUCUUGAAAAGUAUACCAAUUAUAGUUUUCAAAUUCAAGGAAUUAGCAAAUUCUUUGGAGUGAAUAGUCCACCCAUUGUUAUCAUCACAGAUCAAGAUGUCCCAAGUCUUCCACCGCUGAAUAUAACCUCAACUAACACAAGUUCCACGAGUCUAUUGAUCACUUGGGAACAGAUUCCCAAGAAACUAGUUCAUGGCAUUCUCCUGGGAUACCGAGUGUUUUACUAUCAGCACACAAACACAUAUCAUGGGAGAAGAAGGCGCAUAAGAUCUGUCGAAACUCUCAACGAAACCGUUAGAACCUUACCUCCGAACGCAACAUCUCUUAGAAUAUUCAACCUAAAAAAGUUUACUUAUUACUCCUUUCAAAUUGUUGGCUUUACGAGUAAAGGCGACGGCCAAAUAAGCCUAACUUAUAACGUGAGCACGGAUGAGGACAUCCCCAGCAAGCCACCUGUGGGACCUAGCGCGGUUAACUUGAGUGGACCACAUUCCAUUCUGGUGUCCUGGAAGCCAGUCCCAGAGGGCUUUGUGCACGGAAUCUUGUUGGGAUAUCGCAUCCUCUACAGAGUACUGAGUAUAGCUGAAGAAGACGUGAGGCAACCGACAUUAACCGCAACAGCCAAACCAACAGCACUGAAUUUUACAUUGACAGGGCUUCUGAACUAUGCUGUAUAUGACAUACGAGUGUUAGCAUUCACAGUGAAAGGGGACGGAGCGGAAACUCAAAGCAUUAUAGCAGAAACUUGCACGUGCCCAUUGAGAAUGACAACUAACUGGCAUUCCCUGCCUCCUUACAUGAAGCUUGAGAACGGUUCUUACAUAGGAGCUUUUCCAUUUAUAUUAAACUGGGCAACUCGCACGUGCUGUUUGCCUUGCACCAAUGGACACGGAGCCACUUCAGUGGAUUAUGAACAUGACAGAGAAGGAGUACCCGCUGAAAAGGAUAACGUGUCGUUAGUACACAAGAUUGAGUACGAGACCGACUUGAGCUUCCCCAUAGAGGGGUACAGGGGUCAGUCUACAUUUGGGGUGUAUCGCUAUGUACCUUUGAUGGAGUCGGCCGGGGUGGCUUUUGUCGUACCUGUGCCUUCACCUGAAGAGAGAGCCAGUUUUGUGAUAUGGGUCGCCACUGCCUGCUUCCCCAUGCUGCUCCUUUCAUUGUUAAUGAUGGCGCUGGCCGCAAGUGUUAUAUGGGUUCUUGAAUCGACAACUAACCCCGAGGAGUUUCCAAGUUCGUUCAUAGGAGGAUUAUGGGAAGGAUUUUGGUGGUCCUUCAUCACAUGCACAACAUUAGGUUAUGGCGACAAGGUUCCUCGUACCCUCCUAGGAAGACUUUUUGCGAUAGCCUGGACGCUAUUUGGCCUCGUCAUGAUUUCGUUUCUUUUGGCUGAUAUGACCAAUGCUCUCAUAUCAUAUUCUUUGUUUAAAACCACCAACAAGAAAGUUUAUGGUGCUAAGGUUGGAGCCAUCCAAGGUUCUCCGGAAUAUUUAUUUGGGCUGCGCAAAGUGGCACGUAUGAAUCCAGUUCAACAGUAUCAUACAUAUAGUGCCAUAAACAAAGCUCUCAAAGACAAAGAGGUAGAAGGCGCUCUUAUUGACGUGUAUGUCCUGUCCAUGCAAAGGCAUCUGUCCUCCAAUCGCGAUUUACGAGUAUUAAAGGUCUUCGACUACCAGAAGACCUACGGAGUGGUUCUAGCAGGGCCGUCAAUGAAGUUAGAAAAGUGUUUCUUUGACUUCGCGAAGUUCCAUAAAUGGGAGAUUUACCACAAGAUAGAAGAAACAAUAAGGAUUCCUGUGCCUCACGAAGAAUCAAUCGCGGAGGAAAUAAGUGGCGGAUUGUUUGACCCGGAUAGUUCCCAGUUCUCUUUCAGCUAUCUCGCUCUAACGAUUGUCUUGGGCUUUGCACUCCUUUGCGGGUUGGUGGGUCAGAUAUACUGCAGGAAAGUGAAACAGCACUCAACCAUGAUAAAACCUGACAAACAUUUCGCGUCUCUGCGACAACAAUUGAAACAGGAGGUGAAUACAUUUUAUCAAAGGUUCUGUGAAAUUGCUAACGAACUGAGGAGAGCUCACAACAAAGAAAGACGACAGCUCCUCGAACGCAGGAGGAACAGCUUCUUCCAAAUCACACUUAAUUCAGUUAGAAAAUUAUCUACCGAUAGCUGACAUCGUUAUAACAUCGUUUUGCAUGAACAUUCAAAGAAAUUAUUCUGUAUCCAAAGGACCGCAAGACACGAUGUCACAUGUUGAAGACCCGUCAGACUUCCCCCAAAACUCAUUCUUAUGGACUAGUCAUUAUCUACCGCCCGGGUUGGG